AUUCUGUUAUUUUAUAACUAGCUUACACAGUGUGUCAAUCUUGGAUUGUAUUUUAGAUAAACAAUAUGUCCAACCGACAAGAACACAUAAUGAAAAUGUAGAAAAAGAAUCUGAUCUGAGGGUACAAAAGGAAACAACAAUUAAAAGCAAUGUUAAAAAAGAUGAUAUUUAUUACUGUGGUUUGUGUGAGGCGACAUUUACAAGUGAUUACGCCAUUUCGAUACAUUUAGACAACCAUUGGAAAAAUCAAGAACUUGAUUGUAAGUUGUGUGAUUUUGUUGCGGUCGACUUAGCAGCUUUAAUUGUACAUAGAUUCACACACUAUCCAGCGAAACUAAAGCCUCGGUAUAAUUGUCAUAUGUGCGAUAAAGCAAAUCGUUUACAUACUGCAAGCGGUUUGCAGUUCCAUUACCGGUCGGUACAUUUGAAAAAGAUUGGCGGUUUCUGCUCCAAAUGCAAUAAGGAGUACAAAGGUUUGCGUUCGUGGAAGAAACAUGAACUAAAACACAAGAAAACUCGUGACUUCAUCUGUGAUAUUUGUGGAAGAGGAUUCUUUUUCAAGUACCAAAUAAGAGAGCACGUGAUGGAUCACUUGGACCUCAACAAGUACGUUUGUCAUGAGUGUGGGAAAAUAUUUACGCGGUCCAAAUAUUUGAAAAUACAUAUGGACGGUGUUCACGCGAAAACGGGUUCAGUGAAAUGUUCACAUUGCAACAGAAUUUUCAAAAGCAGUAAAACUUUGAGAGUUCAUCUGAGUAUAGUGCGGAGACCAAAAAAACUGAAAUGUCAAUAUUGUCCCAAGGAGUUUUCGUCAGCUUGCUUCUUAAAAGACCACAUGGUUAUGCAUAGUGAUGCUCGACCAUACUCCUGUCAUAUUUGUGGAGUAAGUUACAAGGCAAAAAGCUUGCUGAAGGUCCAUAUUGUUACAAAACACACAGGUCUCAAGCUUCACAAAUGUGAUUUGUGCGCGAAAUCUUUUGGUCGUCCUGAGCAGUUGAAAAGGCAUUUGAGCGUGCACACUGGAUGCAGGGCACACAAGUGUAUGCAGUGUGACAGAUCGUUCCAUGAGAGGAAGUUGUUGCAGAAACAUUACGAGUUACGUCACAAGAUGGCGGAUACAAAUUAAUAAACGACUACCGUCGA